UGACCCCAGGGGGAGGAUCCCGUAAACUUUUGGACCACACCCCACCGGCGGCAGGGGGUGUGGUCGCAGUGUGAUCGGGGCAAAUUGAGAUUUAUAGCGCAAAUUAAUCUAUGAAUGAAAUCCAGUUAAAUUACGUGUAUCUGAGUUGUGCCACACCCCCUCGGCGGCAGGGGGUAUGGUCACAGUGUGAUGGGGGCAAAUUGAGAUUUAUAGCGCAAAUUAAUCUAUGAAUGAAAUCCAGGUAUUUUUCGCCAUUUUUAAGGCGAUUUGCAUGAAAUUUGGCCAAAACAUGUUUUGUGGUGUGGUCUACAUGUUGCAGUAUAGCGCAUGUGGUCAAUUAGAGAUAAUUAAUUUGUUUUUAAUUAAUUCGUUUUUAGGCAUUAUUAAAAUUUGAAUCGGUUAAUUAUUUGCUUUAUAUUGUGAUGCAUUCUAAGCAUUAUUGCGCUACUUAUGUAUCGUGCUUUGCCGCACUUUAUUAGUUAUAGUAUUAACCUGUUUAUUAGUUAUGAAUAAACCAAAUAAAAUAUUGCUGUAAUUUAUUUAGCAGAAAAUGUCUUUUGAAUCCCUGGGAACGUUCGCACCUGGUGCCGUAGGAAUUUUCGACCCCAAAGCCCCAAGGGAAUUGAAGGGCCCUCAUGAUCGACACUGUGUUGAAUGUGGAUUGGUCAUCUACAGGCAGGCCAAGGAGCGUCUAGACAAAUGCCCGUACAAAGCAUGCAAGGCGCCGAUGAUGUUGCGUGAUGGCUUUGAUGCGAACAGCAAAUGGGGGAGAUGCCGAAUUUGUGAUUCUUUCAUCCACAGCUUUAUGAGCUUUUGCCAAUCGUGUGGUACCUCCAACACUGCUGGAAUAAACAGAAAACGGCGCUUAGAGAAAAUUGAGCAGAACCGAUUGGAGGCCGAAGUCAAGAAAGCUCGGAUGGAGUUGCAAGAUCCAGACUUUCUUCUGUGGAAGGCUGAGAAAGCUGCCAGAGAAGAGGAAGUUUUGCUGGCUGCUGCUGCUGCUGUUUCAGAAAAUAAUCCCGCCCUAAUGGACACAGAUGAGAAGGUAGGCGAAAAUGAAAAAACAGGAGAAGGAACAGGAGAGGAAAAAGUAGUAGAUGGAAAAGCGGAUGAAUGGAAAAAAGUCGCAGAAACGGAGACAGCAAGGAAAAUAGAAGAGUCAGCAGAAGAUCAUGGAUCAGUGAAAGGGACGCACUAAUUUGUCAAUUAUAUUUAAUAAUUUUGCAUUUAAAUUCACUCUUAUAGUUUAAUUAUUUCCAUUAAAAUAAUUCAUCUUAAGAUCACAACUUUUGUACUAUUAACGAUCGACUUCAUAAGCCCAACAUUACAGUUAUCUUUUAUAUAUACCAACUUUAAUUUAAUCGUAUAAAAGAUUUACAAUUAUAACAGUUGUUAUUUUAAAGUAUACAUUUUAUGUAAAUUUUUAAGUAAUAAUUCAUGAAAUAAAGUCAGUUCAUACUGCAAUAAAACUA